UAAAGAUGAGGAGAACGUACUAGAAGAGGUUUACGAAAUGGAGGGGUUGGGCCCACACUGCACACAGUGAAGCCUCCCAGCGCAUAAAUAGAGGAGCCAGGCCACACCUUGUACCUACAAAAAUCCAUUCUCAAUUGAGAAAGCGAAACGCAUAGAAUCGAAAGAGGGGAAAAGAAAAAGAAAAGUUAGGGUUAGGGAUUUUGAGAGAUGGCAUCGACUAAGAAGAUCACCCUGAAGAGUUCGGACGGUGAGGCCUUCGAGGUGGAGGAGGCGGUGGCGCUGGAGUCGCAGACGAUCAAGCACAUGAUCGAGGACGACUGCGCCGACAGUGGAAUCCCUCUCCCCAAUGUCACCAGCAAGAUUCUGGCGAAGGUUAUCGAGUACUGCAAGAAGCACGUUGAGGCGAACAGUGCUGAUGAGAAGCCCAGUGAGGAUGUGCUCAAGGCUUGGGACGUGGAUUUCGUCAACGUUGAUCAGGCCACUCUCUUCGAUCUCAUUCUGGCUGCAAACUACUUGAACAUCAAGAGCCUUUUGGACCUUACUUGCCAGACAGUAGCAGACAUGAUCAAGGGAAAGACUCCUGAGGAAAUUCGCAAGACAUUCAACAUCAAGAAUGACUUCACCCCUGAGGAAGAGGAGGAAGUUCGUAGGGAAAACCAAUGGGCGUUUGAAUAAGUUUUAUGAUUCUGCUGCUUUUGAAAUUUCAAUGAAAAGAUAUGCCCUAUAGUUUCUAGUUUAUGUUUCUGACUAUUUUGUUUGUUUUAUUUAUGUUUCGCGUAUCAAACUUGUCUUCUUUUUUGAACUUGGGCAAUCUUGAAAUUGUAAGUAAUAGUUGAAUAUGGUGGGAGGAAUGCUUUUGAAUCUGGUAUCUCAGCUUUAUUGUUAAUUCAUUGUCAAACACUUCUGAUCCUCCUAGAUAUCCAUCCUUUAAAGUGGAGAAAAAGAACUUUUGAA